AAGUGGGGUUAAAAUAUCACGUGCUUCCUUAGAUACGCCUUUUUAGAAACGUCAACAAAUUGUGAGCUUGGCUGGCGGGGUCUUCAACAGUGCUGAAAAAUUAGACAGCGGGGACACUCCAACAUGCAGAACAGUCCUCCGUCAAUUCUGAGCUACAACAGCCUGCUGGACGAGCACCUCGCCGAGUACUACUCCAGCCCGCAGAGAAAGCGGCAUCUCCGUCGAAUGGGCCUGAUAACUAGGGGCGGAAGACUGGUUGACGAACGGACGUUUCAGAGACGAGCAACCCAGAGAGAGUACCGUAUGAGAUACAAAGACGAUGUUGCUACAAAUACAGCUGUAGCACUCAGUGAAAAACAGAGGCAGCAAAAAGCCGAGUUGAAGAAGAAACUAGAGGCACUUGCCAAAUAUGAAACAGUCCAAAGAAUAAAGAGUUUGCUUGGCUUGGGAAAAGCUACACUUUCCAACAAGACAGUCCCCACUCUGAAUUCUCUAUCAGACACAUGUCUGUCUGGAGCCAUUGAGAAGCACAAGGAGAGAGUGUCCUUCACCCCUGAUGAGCUUGGAGAACUGAAGCACUUGGUGAAGACGAUUGCAGGGCCAAGGGUAGCUGGCCCAACAAUCGUACAGGCUAAAGCAGGGUAUUGUCCACUUAGUACCACUACACCAAGAGCUUCAGCAGCUUCAAAGAAGGAGCCCGGACGUAGAAGACCCAGUACUGCACCAACAAAACCUCCCCAGCCAAAGACUGCAGGAAAGGCAACCGAAAAAUUGGUGCAAGAGAAAGAUAGUGUUACAAUGACCCUUGGCUAUCUGGGCACGACAAAGGCCCUUAAAAGCAAGAAGCCACUGACUGACGUGGAGGUGUGGCAGCAGGCUCAAGGCUUCACACCUGUACGAGUGUUCAAGGACCUUAUUAGACCUGGUGCGUAUGCUGCGAAUACAGACAUCGCGCAAAGAACACGACUUGGUGGACGCUCGGCCCACUUCAAAGUUUCAUCAAUCAAAGGAGGAUCACCCUGCCAUUUGUGUCAGAAGGCAAAGGAAGAGCGAAAAUCAAGGAAGAAAGCACAAGAAUCGAAACAGGAAGCUCAGUCUACUCCACAGCUUUCGGCUACACUGCAGUCCACACAACUAGAGAGCUUGCUGACACAAAGUGGUGAAGAAGACGAGAGAGAAGGCGUGAUUUCUAGGUCCCCGUCUCUCAGCCGCUACUCUUCCAGCUUUAGCUCUGAAUCAUCACAAGAUAGCGGCGGCGAGGGUGGAGAAAGAAGGGAGAGUGUUGACAGCCCCUAUUUGUUAUCUGAAUCCAAACGCUCGGCUGUCUUGAAUGAAACACAAAGAGGUGAUGUAGAUGAAAGUUUAAACAAUGGAGUUGAUACUAGCACAGAUCCAGUGCUCGAUGCGGAAGAGACGAAUUCAGCAAAGCAGGAUGGUGGACAAGACGCUACUACUGCAGAAGCCAGACCUGAGCUGGUGACACGAGGUGGCGUGAGAAUUGUCUACAAACUUGGCCCAGUUCCAACCAGUGAGCAUGGAACACAGACUAACAAUGAAGUCCCUGCCAAUGAACCAGAGUGCGGAACACAGACAAAUGCUAAGGCACCAGAGACCGGAGCACAGGUAGAAGAGCAACCAACUGCUGAUGCAACAGAACGUGGAACACAGAAUGACGAACAAGCUACACCAGAGACUGGUGACCAAACAACUGCUGACACACCAGCCCUUGGAACGCAGACUGAUGAGCAACCAUUAGAGAGUGCUGCAGCACCAGAGCAUGGAAAACUGACUGAUCAGCAAACUACACCAGGGACAGAAUCACUAGUAGUUGACAGCAAUCCAGCUCACACUACCCUAGCCUCUACCGACGAAAGGGAAGAAAAAGAAGAUAGACAGAUGAAAGAAGAAGACAAAGAACCAGAGCAGAAGUAUGAUGAACAAAAAGCCAAUCCAGACCCAUCGACAAUUAAUGAGUCUGUGGUGGGUAGUACUCAAAGUUCCCAACUACCUGUGUCUGAAAUUCAACUGGGAAAGGAUAUGAGUCAACACCACCGACCUAUAAAGAAGGUUCUCGUCCCUCCCAGCCUUCACCACCUAACACUCCCUCUAAAACAACUGACACUUAUAGCGAUGACACUAUGGAGUCAAACAGAGCAAGUGAAGGCAUGGAAUCACACACCCCUGAGCCGACUAAAGCUCAGCAAACUGCAAGAGAGAGUCGAGCUCUGCAAACCGCACAAGACAGAUGCGGUUGAAGAAAAACUUCACAUAGAGCUCGAGUACUUCUUCAAAAGUGACGGUGUCAUGAUCAUUACCUACCACCCAAUCACCGGUCUCCAUCUCCCCGUGGCCAGCAAACCAGAUCAAGGCUGUGGGUGA